AUGUAUGUUACACUCAUGGAAGAUUACAUAGACAAAAGGCAAGUUGAAAUAGCACCGGAAAAUCAUGAUAAGGAAGAAAAAAGCUAUUACAUACCCCAUCAUGUAGUCAUUAAAGAGAAAAACGCAGAAAUUAAGGGACUAAUAGUGUUCAACGCCUCUUCUCACACACCAGGCCAUCCAUCAUUAAACGAUGUUCUAGAACAAGGUCCCAACUUACUUCCAGAAAUUUUAGCCACCUUAUUACUACCUCUUCACAAACAAGCAAUUAUUAGUGAUGAAAGUCAGGCUUUUUUACAAUUAACCUUGUGGGAAAAAGACAGAAGUGCUACUAAGUUUUUGUGGUUCAAAACUAGAACAAAUGGUGAUGGACAUUUGCAGCUAGAGAAUGAAAUUGUGGUCUACCAAUUUACACGUUUACCCUUUGGAUUAACCAGCAGCCCAUACCUUCUUUCAGCUACACUUGACAAAUUAUCCUGCAUGUACUCCAACAUUUAUCCCACAGCAGCUAAACAUCUAAACUCUCACAACGAAAUCAUCCAUGAAAAUAUUAUCUAA